UCGGGACUGUAUUUCAACAUUGCCUUUAAAUUCCUGGUCCUUCCCCGAUGAGCCUAUUCAACCUUCAUGUCUGAAUAGAGCUGAUUUUGAAGACUGUGACCUGGCAAUCUACAAAGAGACAAUAGGACCAUUCUCCCAGUAUAAAUUCCUGAUUAGAUUCUGCCUCUAUGCAACCUCUUGCUCAUGCUAAGCGAGCGGCGCGGAACAUCGGACUGGCAGCUCGAGAACAGGUCGUUCAGGGACUCACUUAUAACGACCACAGUCACUACACUAAUAGUCUUCUGGAGUACUCUCUAUGGUAGAGGAACCAGGGAAAUCCCGAGACCAACCUAUCAAACGGUCAUGGAAGCGUUGCUCUCGGAUGUCGAUGAUCCUCCUGAUCCUCUACGAGGUGUAUUUUAGUGAGUAAAUGCUGCAUCUGCGUUGGAUACCGCCCGCCAGACAGCCCAAAGGGCAGUUCUAUUACUGGCUCCAAUCCGAACCGUGACGAGCUACAAGGGAGUUUGAAAUACAGCACGUUGGACUUGAGAAGGUGAGUACGUAUGAAUCGAAGGAAAUUUCAAGAAAAGAAAUAGAUAGCGUGGCCGGAAUCAUAGCCCAAAUUUCAAACUCUCAAGAAAACAAACCAUGCUCAAAUAUUGAGCAUAUGGAGAUUUGUGAUCAGAAUAUG